AUGGUUCCUCAAGGUCAACAUAGAGGUAGAUUUAAUGCACCAUCUCAAGUAGGAAUGGCUGUAGUAAUGAUUGGAGAAGAAUAUGGAAAUCGCGAUAUAAUUUUAUCUAGAAAAGACGUAAAGUUACAACGAAUAAGUGAAACUCAUAGGUCUUAUGAUUCUCUAGAAUCCACUACAAUCCUCUACAAUCCACUGAUAUUUCUACACGGUGAAGAUGGUUAUGCUAUUGAUAUUUUGUCAUUUAAUGUUAAUUUAAAUGAAUACAAUAGUCAUAAAACUGUUUCUUCAAAACAUUAUAGACUGAUGGUGAGGCAUCAUAUCUACAAUCAUUUACAUAAUUAUAGAAAACUUAUUAAUAAAUAUUGGGUUGAUAUGUAUGCCAAAAUAGAAUCAGAACGGCUUUUAUUUAUACGGAAUAAUCAAUCAAAAUUAAGAGCGGAAGAUUAUAUUCAUUUACGUGAUGCUAUAGAAAAUGAUGGUCAAGUGAAUGACAUUGGACAACUUUUUAUUUUACCUUCUUCAUUUACAGGAGGUCCAAGGUAA